GAUCAGAUCGAUACAAGCGAUGCAUAAGCGAGGAAGAAAGUGAAUCUGAAAAGUGUUUUGCGUUAAAUAAGUUUGUGAAUUAGUCAUGUUUUUAAUAAAGAAACCUCUGUUUAUUUUAUAGCCUUUGAUACUACAUACAUUAUUUCGUGAAUUAAUGGUACUUAGAUGACCUUCAUUACAUUAAAAUAUUGAAAAGGAAUUUUUUAUUAUGUUUAAUUAUGAUGUUUUUCUUUAGUUAUAACUUAUGAGUGUGGGUACGUUGCUUGAAAAUACAAAUAACGUGCAGUCUCUAAAGUUGAGAAUUUUAACUAUUGAUCAAUGUUUAUCAUAAGUAGGAACUAUUACUACGGCUAAUUUAUUUUCAGCUUUAGUUGAGUACCUGCGCUACAUAAUUUCCUUCUUCAUCAUCAGAAAUAGAACGUAAAGUUGAUGCAGAAUGUCGAAUGUUUAAAAAUACUUGGACUGAUGCUUUUUUUGUCAUAAAACAAAAUGAAAUCAUACUCUCCCUCAUAUGUUAUGAAAAAAUAUCGGUUUGCAAGGAAUACAAUAUAAAGCGCCAUUAUUCUACAAAUAUGGUGAAUGCAAAGAUCAAAUUCGAAUUAAUCGCGUACAUUCGUAAAAAAAGAUAUGACCGGUCAACAGCUAUGUUUAAAAUACCGAAAGAUUAUUCCGAAACGGCUACAAAUAUUAGUUUCAUGAUAGAAGAAGUUAUUGUCAAGCGAAGCAAGCCUCUAUCAGAUGGAGACUUUUGACCCCUGUUUUGCUCGAUCGCUCUUUCUAUAGCGUGAGUGUUGGAGCACCGGAGGUCAUAUCGUACAUGUUUCCUGAUCUCCUGAUUUUGAACACGUUUUCCUGACGAAG